ACGUCUAAAUAAAAACAUAUAAACCAAACAUUUUUCUACUUCUCUUUUCAAUUCACUCACUUGAUUCCGGAAAACUGCGCAAUUGUUCAAAAUGGCGUCUCCUCAAGGAUACCCUCUUCUCUGUCUGGAGAACCCUCUUCUCGGUUCGUACGACCUGAUCGGAGUUAUUGAAUGAAUAUGCAGCUUACUUCUUAAUCAGAUAUCCAGGGUGUUGGUGACGACGCCCUCUUGGAAAAGUAUGGUGUCAAGGCCAACGAUGCCAUUCUCGCCGAGGAGAAACACAUGGGCCUCUAUGAGGAUCUUCUCCAGAACCACAAUGCAAAAUUGAUUGCAGGUGGUGCUGCUCAGAACACCGCUCGAGGUGCCCAGUACAUCCUCCCCGAAAACUCUGUCGUCUACAUUGGCUGCGUCGGCAAAGACAAGUACGGCGACAUCCUGCGGGAAACCUGCAAAAAGGCCGGUGUCCACACCGAAUACCGCAUUGACGAGGUCCAGCCUACCGGGAAAUGUGGUGUUAUCAUUACUGGCCAUAACCGUAGCAUGGUCACCCACCUCGCUGCUGCCAACGAAUACAAACUUGACCACUUGAAACAACCCCAUAUCUGGUCUCUUGUUGAGAAGGCUCAGGUCUACUAUGUUGGUGGAUAUCACUUGACGGUCUCUGUGCCGGCUAUUUUGGCUCUUGCUGAAGAAGCUGCUGGGAAGAAUAAGCCAUUCGUCUUCUCUCUCUCCGCCCCCUUCAUCCCACAAUUCUUCAAAGACCAACUCGACAGCGUAAUCCCCUAUGUCGACUACCUAAUCGGCAACGAAACUGAAGCCCUCGCCUACUCCGAAAGUCACGGAUGGGGUCUAUCCGACAUCGCUGAAAUCGCCAAAAAACUCACCACCCUCGAAAAGAAGAAUACCCAACGGUCCCGUGUUGUGAUCAUUACGCAGGGAACUUUACCCACGGUCACUGCUGUCGCAGGCGCAAACGGUGCCGUUGAGACGAAGGAGUACCCCGUUCAUGAAAUCCCCAAGGAGAAGAUUAAUGAUACUAAUGGCGCUGGGGAUGCAUUUGCCGGUGGAUUUGUGGCUGGUAUUGUGCAGGGGAAAUCUUUGGAGCAGAGUAUUGAUCUUGGUCAAUGGCUUGCGAGUUUGAGCAUUCAGGAAUUGGGUCCUUCAUUCCCCUUCCCCAAACAAACCUACCCUCGCCAAUAAAUAUGAGACUUCUUCCUGUUUACGACCAACCUGACGCUAUCCUGACAACUUUCCAAAAACAAAUUUCUAUUUAAUGAUUCAACCCAUUAUAUACCCUGUCUCAAUUGCUUCUUAACGAAACUCAGAAGACAUAGCUUUAUUUCAAAACAAAACAAAUUAAACUAUGCGGAUUUGCUUUCCUGUUGUCUUUUUCGUUCUUUCACAUUCUAUUCUCUUGAUAUGCUCUGCACAUGCACAUGACAGAGAACAGAGAAAAGUGGGGAAAGAAGAAGCAAUUUGCAAAAUGAAAAAAUUAGAAAAGAAUAGAAAUGCAACGUCUUCAACGACGAUGAUUUGGUCUUUAUGUACGGUAUAUGUUCUACUAUUAUCUGUGUCUACUCGAGGAGUAACAUGUCAGUACAACCGGAGUAAUUAUCAAUGAUAUUUCAUGAAGUUUGAUACAGU